AUGGAUUGGGGCCUUUCUCCUCCCCACUUACCUAUUGCCGGAUGCAACAACAUUGGCCACUUUCUCUUCCGUCGUCCUCACUCACUUCUUCCAUAUUUAUUCCAAACUUCCAUACCAACUACAGAGGACGUGAACGAGCAACAAGCUUCCAUCUCAGAGACGCGGUAUCCGACGCCCCCUGGCCUCGGCCCGCACAUUGAGACGAGGGCCGGUGCGCUGAGAAAGCAACCUCUCGCCAACGCUCUCACGCAUGUCCGUGCCGCCUCACCACAUCACCACAGGCAGCAGAACCUGACACUCGCCCGGCGCAAAGAUCGAAGCACCGGCAUUGCGGUGGUAGUCGAGACUGUUACGAGUACCGAUGUACAAGUGGCCGUCAACAGGUGGCCGUCAACAGGUGGCCGUCAACAGGUGGCCGUCAACAGGUGGCCGGUGGAUUGCUUCGGCUCUUCUCUGAUUGGAUGACACUGCUAUUCGCCUCCACUCUCUGGCGGGGAUCAGCAACGUCAAGAAAAGAAGGGAGCGGAGUCGAGGCAUUCUCUCUCUGUCAUCAGUCUCCCCAAUGCUACCACUAGACUCGCCCUCAUCAGUUCCCCUUCUCCGGUCCUGCAUUCUGCAACAUUCCACUAGGACAGCACACUACUGCACGGCCACAGGAAGCUGUGGGCUGGAGCCGGAAUGGGGCCCUCGUGAAUAAUCGCGCGGCUUUCCAGCAGCAAAUCGACCGUGCUGGCCUUACACAUUCAAGCAACAACAAGCCUAGGGACCGCACAAAGUCUACGCUUACCUGUUGCAGCCGCAGUUGUAGAAGCUACCCGUUUCUGCUGAUGGCACCCGCGCCCCUGGCGACUCAGGGUCCAGCUGCUUUCUACGUUUGCAUCAACCGCAGGCGACGUCUGGUCCCAGUGGCACAAACGCAUACACUCGACGCCCAACAUCGACUCAGGCCUGACCAACUGACCGCCCUCCCUGGCCAUCGUGAGAUCACGGGGUCCUCGUUCCAUUGAGGCUGGAACUGUCUUCAGGAGUCCCCCUCCCUCUCCCUCCCCUGCUCAGUAUUCAGCGGUGACAGAGACCGCCUCGAGGCGAGUCAUCCGCUCACUUACUCCCGAACCCUGCAGCAUAACCGGCAG